UUAAAAAGAACGUUGGUCUCAGUCCAAACAAUCUGAAUCAUUCAAUUCAACUUGAACUGUAUGCAAUGUUUUUGAGCUGAUGCAGGGAGAAAAUUGUGUUUGCAUGUGUCAAGGCAUGACGCUGCACUCGUGCAGUGUGCUGUGCUGCUGCAUUGGUGCGGCGAUAGACAAAUUUGACUUGAUGCUCCAGCACUGCAAGCAUCCGGCUCUGAGGUGAUGGACGCAAUCUGACUAAUUGCCUUUACGAAAUGUCAUCUUUAACUGAAGAACAAAAGCUGAGGAUUGAGGAAAACCGGCGAAAAGCAUUAUUGAGACGUGCUGAGAGAAGUCAGACACAGCCUUCCCAUGCCUCUACUGGGAAUGCCGAACUUACCAAAGUAGCAAACCAUAAACCAACAAUCGUUCCGCUGAAACGGAAAUAUGACGGGACAUUUAAUUCCAAACAAGGGAGCUCCUCGCCUCACUUCCAGAGCACAAAUCGCGCAUCGGGUUCGAGAACCAACACGGUGCCGAUCAACAAGGAGUCCUUUUACGGGACGAAAAAACAGGUGGUGGCUGGCAGCUGCCAUUUGAUUUCUGCUGAUCGUUUCAUGGUGGAAGUGGGCUACAACCAAGACAUGAUAGCCAUGUUCCAGAAAGUGCCGGACCGGCGCUAUCAUCCAGACGAGCGUCAUUGGUCCUUCCCUGUCUCUCGCCACGAUCAGCUGAUGGCUGCUCUGAAGCCGCUCCACCCAGGUGUUGCAGUGGCACCGCUGCCUGCUCACGUGCUGCGCUGUCUCCGUCAGCCCGCUCCAGACGCAGGCAAGGUCGACCUCUCCACCCUGGACGCGACAUUGCUCGAGGCACUGAUGCCCUUCCAGCGGGAAGGAAUCAAAAUGGGGGUGGCUCGAGACGGACGGGUGCUCCUCGCUGACGACAUGGGUCUCGGCAAGACAAUACAGGCUAUCGGCAUCGCUAGUCAUUUCCACGACUGGCCCCUGCUCGUUGUUUGUCCGUCAUCCAUGCGGUACCAGUGGCGCAAUGAGUUUCUGCGUUUCCUUCCGUCACAGCAUCCCUCGACCAUCAUGGUAAUGGACUCUUCGAAGGACUUCACCGCUGAAGCGCGCGUGCUCAUCGUCUCGUACGAUUUGCUGUCUCGCUGUUCCAAACAGCUGCGUGAUGUGGGAUUCCGCUCAGUCAUCAUGGACGAGUCCCAUAACCUGAAGAACCCGAAGGCGGCGCGCACCCGGGCGGCGCUGCCGCUGCUGCGCGCCGCUCGCCGCGCGCUCCUCCUCAGCGGCACGCCGGCGCUCUCCCGGCCGGUGGAGCUUUACACGCAAAUUAGUGCCAUCGACAGGAAAUUCAUGCCGGUGUUCAACGACUUUGGGCUCCGCUACUGCGACGGGAAGCGCAACGCCUGGGGAUGGGACUUCUCGGGCUCGUCGCGCAUGACCGAGCUGCAGAUCCUGCUGGAGCGGCGCAUCAUGAUCCGCCGCCUGAAGCGAGAUGUGAUAACCCAGCUGCCGUCGAAGCAGCGCCACCUGGUGCUGCUGGACCCUGGCCAGGUGCACUGCCGCACCAAGAAGAUGAACGCCAUGGAGACUCGCAUGGCCAAAGCGUCACUGAAGGCUGCGGAGCGACGUGGCGCUCUGCUAGAGUACUUCCGAGAAACUGCCACUGCCAAGCUACCGGCGGUCUGUUCGUACUUGGAGGAUCUGCUCGACUCGGGCGCCAAGUUCAUCUGCUUCGCACACCACCGGGUCGUCAUGGACGCCGUGUGCGAGCUCCUGGAGCGACGCAAGGACCAGCACAUCCGGAUCGACGGCUCCACGCAGGCCGCCCAGCGGAAACGCGAGUGUGACCGAUUCCAGAGCAGCUCGUCCGUUCGUGUGGCCGUGCUGUCCAUCACGGCGGCCAACACUGGCCUGACGCUCACCGCCGCGAGCCUGGUGGUGUUCGCCGAGCUGUUCUGGAACCCAGGCGUGCUCACCCAGGCGGAGGAUCGGGCCCACCGCAUCGGACAGCAGGACAGUGUCCAGAUCCGGUACCUGGUGGCCCGCGGCACGGCCGACGACCACAUCUGGCCGCUGGUGCAGCGCAAGCUGGACGUGCUGAACCGGGCCGGACUGAGCAAGGACGACUUCACCGAGGCGGACGAGGACCGGCAGCGCACCUCCGACGGACAGCCGCUCAUCACCGAUCUGUUCCAACAGCUGGCGAGUGAGGACGGCGAGCGGCCAGACGCCGACGGCGAAUCGACAGAGUCGGGCAAGGAGCGCGCUCCAAGCGUGAGUGAGACGGGGCUGUCACACUCACAGCGGAGUGACGGAAGCGCGACGGACGACGCGGUCGCGGCGGCUGUUUCCGAACAGUGGGUAACUGAGCUGUGCGAUGCUGACUGGGAUGAGUGGAUGGGGGACGAUAGCGGGGAUGUUCCCGACGCAGAAGGACCAACCAGCAAAGAAAGCCAGUGAACGUAACGCCCACGAGUAACUCGUAAUGAUCUCUCUGACGCGUCAUUGAAUCGGCUUUGAUGCCAGCGUGAUAUUCAUGUGAUAAAAGACACGAGUAUGUGAUAUGAACAGUCGAGGAACACUAGGUUCUGUUGUUUGUGGCUUGCCGCGAGCUUUUUGAACGGUGAGGCUAUCGCUCACAAGUAUAGUGAACACGCUUGAGCUCAUUUUUAGUGAUUUGCGAAUAAAUGUAACGUGUUCUUCAUGCUACGGAUCCUUGGAGAUUGCCCCUGAAUAGGCGACGAUUCGUGAUGCAUGUGUGUUUGUUUCACGGCCUCAAGCACUGAGAGUUAGGAUGGAUGUAAGCUGUCGCAAAAUUACGUGCCAAAAGACCGCAUGGGAGUGGGACACAAGGUGUGUUGUUAUUGGACUGGAGGAUGGAAAUUACGUAGUAGGGGGCAGGCUCUUGUUUCGUCAUGUGUAGCUUGAAUACAUAUGUUGCACAAUAAA